AUGUACCGUGCAUUAGCUUUAAGACAACUACACUCUAAUAUUACCAGAGCCGCACUUGCGCCUCAGGUUAGAAAUAUUGCAACCACUAGAGUAUUGCAAAAGUCUAUCAUUGAUUCUGCUAAGGAUACUUUGAGCACUCUCAACAAAAAAACUGGUGAAGUUCUUGCAGGAGGAAUGGAAAAGGCUGAAGAAGCUGUGCCAGAUGUUUCCGUAAGCGAAGCGCUCAAUAAGGCCAAUAAGAAGACUGGUGAAGUACUUGCUGAUGGAAUGGAAAAGGCUGAGAAAAUUGUUCCUGGAUCUAAAAAGGAAGCAAAGGACGUUGCUGAAGAUGCCAAGGAAAAGGUACAAGAGUACUCUGAAGAUGCCAAGGAGAAGGUACAAGAGUACUCCAGUAAAGCAAACAAGAAAACCGGGGAAGUUCUUUCUGAUGGGUUAGAAAAGGCUGAGGAUGCUAAAGAACGUGUUGAAGCUAAGGCCAAAGUAGUUAAGAACUCAAGUGGUUACAAAGACUUGCAGGACAAGGGGAAGAAGGUUGAAAGCGAGCAGAACCGUCCAGAUGAUGCCGUCUAA